AUCGGUGUCUUGGUUGGGUCCGGCAUGGGGGUUCAAAAGUUUUCACCGAUGCGGUGGAAGCCUUGGUGCAAAGGGGAUACAAGAAAAUCAGUCCAUUUUUCGUGCCUUACACAAUCACUAACAUGGGAUCAGCAUUGUUGGCUAUAAACACUGGACUAAUGGGACCUUGUUACUCUAUUUCAACGGCUUGUGCAACUGCCAAUUACUGCUUUUAUGCAGCUGCAAAUCACAUUAGAAGGGGCGAAGCGGAUAUUAUGGUAGCAGGUGGGACGGAAGCUGCUAUUACGACUACUGGUGUUGGUGGCUUCAUAGCUUGUCGGGCCUUGUCUCGAAGAAAUGAUGAACAUGAAAAGGCUUCAAGGCCAUGGGACAAGAAUCGUGAUGGAUUUGUCAUGGGUGAAGGCUCUGGAGUCCUGAUGAUGGAAAGGUUGGAGCAUGCCCUGAAAAGAGGUGCUCCUAUCCUAGCGGAAUACUUGGGAGGUGCUGUCACCUGUGAUGCUCAUCACAUAACCGAUCCUCGUGCUGAUGGACUUGGAGUCUCGUCUAGCAUAUUUAAGAGUUUGGUAGAUGCGGGAGUUUCCCCAGAAGAGGUGAACUGUAUAAAUGCUCAUGCAACGUCAACUCUUGCUGGAGACUUGGCUGAGGUCAAUGCCAUCAAGAAGGUCUUCAAGGAUACCUCGGAAAUCAAAAUGAACGGGACAAAGGUAAACACAACCGUUAUUUUGCUUACGAUGACUAAAUAAAUAACUACCAUACAGAUGCUAGUCUUAUCUACCAAUAUACUUGAAAUUCAUUUUAAGCUAGAAUGAAAAUGCUUCCAUGGUCCCUCGCGUCUCUUAAG